AUGAUGGUGAAGGUUUCAUUUGACUUGAACAACAUUCAGAUCAAAUAUGUUGAUGAGGAUAAUGAUGAGGUCUCUGUGAAUAGCAAAGAGGAAUAUGAAGAAGCUCUGAAGAUUGCAGUUAAACAAGGAAAUCAACUCCAGAUGAAUGUGUACGAAGGAAACCUUUCUCCCGAAGGAACCUCAUAUUCUUGUCCUUUGCAACCGCAUGGAAAUGCUGUAUCAGAAGCAUUUCUUAAAGACAGGAGGAAAUCUCUCCCGCACAAUUCCAUGAUAGCUCCAGGCUUAGAGGAGGAGACAAAAAAUGAAAAGAAGGUGACAAAUCAGCAAAAGUUGAAUCGCAAUAGAAAAGGAAGAAAAAAUGAAAAUCCUCCAGAAUGGUUUACUAGCUACUUGGAAACUUUCAGGGAACAGGUAGUUAAGGAAACUGUUGAGAAACUUGAGCAGAAGCUAUAUGAGAAGCUUCUUUGUCACAGUCAACCUCCGGAUGAUUCUGAGAGCGCCGCUACAGCAGCAUCUCCUGCAUCAGAGCCCCAGCCAGGGAAUGACGGCCAGUGUGACUGGCUGAUCUCCUGCUGCAACUGCCAGGCGCGAAUCGUGGGAGUCCGCUAUCAGUGCAGCCUUUGUCCAGCUUACAGCAUCUGCGAACAGUGUGAAGCCGGAACAUAUGCUCACGAUCCCAAUCAUGUUUUGUUAAAACUUCGAAGACCUGUACUGUGUAUUGCUGAGAACUGCAGCCUUGCACAGGUUUCACCUCGCCUCCCUGCUACUCUUGAGCAAGUUAGGCUUCAGAAGCAGAUGGACAAAAGAUUUCUGAAGGCAGAAAAGCAAAGAUUACGAGCAGAGAAGAAACAACGAAAGGCAGAGGUUCGAGAGCUCAAAAAGCAGCUCAAAUUGCACAGGAAAAUUCAUCUGUGGAACUCUGUCAAUGUCUUGGAAACCAGUGGUUCACCUAUUUUGAAGAGUGAGAGUCUCCAGCCCUUCAUUUCUAGCCAACCCUUCCAAGCAGUUGUACCAACAUUGAGUGCAGUAUUUGUGGAUGAGAAUUUGCCAGAUGGGACUCACUUGCAGCCAGGGACAAAGUUUAUCAAACACUGGCGAAUGAAAAAUACUGGUAAUGUAGAAUGGAGCUCAGAUACAAAGCUGAAACUUAUGUGGGGAAAUUUGACUUUGGCAUCUUCUGAAAAAAAAGAUGUGUUGGUACCAUCCCUGCCAUCAGGACAAGUAGGAACUGUUUCAGUCGAGUUUGUGGCUCCUAAUAUAGAAGGAAUCUACACAUCUCACUGGAGACUGUCACACAGAGGGGAACAGUUUGGGCCGAGGAUCUGGUGCAGUAUUGUUGUGGAUCCCUCCCCAGCUACUGACCCUCUAGAGAACAACUGCAAGGAUUCUGAUUCCCAUCAAAAGGAUAAAGCUUCCAGUGGCGAGCAGAAUGCAUCCCUGAGGAGAGAAGCAGGUGCUCAGCUGGUGGGUGAUCUCGUGGAGCAGGCUGAAAUACCUCUACCAAAUAUUCCUUUAAAGAUGAGAAAUUUGUCAAAUGAGAGAGAAUUUUAUAUUCCAUCAGUUGAUCUCCUCACUGCACAGGAUUUGCUGUCAUUUGAGCUACUGGAUAUUAAUAUUGUCCAGGAGUUGGAGCGAGUGCCACACAAUACUCCAGUUGACAUGACUCCAUGCAUGUCUCCUUUGCCACAUGAUAACCCUUUGCUGGAGAAACCUGGCUUAGGUCAGAUAGAGGAGGAGAAUGAGGGGAGUGGACUUAAACCACUGCCUGGACUGACUGAAUCCUGCUUUACUGCUGAUACUUGCAUGGUGAAAAUGAGAGCUGAGCAGACAUUGAACCAGGAGGAAGGGGAAGAAGACAUGAGUGGGACUCAGUUUGUCUGUGAAACUGUAAUUCGCUCUCUAACCCUGGAUGCUGCACCUGACCAUAAGCCCCCACAACGGAAACCUGUGCAGAACUCUUUGCAAACACUAGACAAUGUCUUCAGUUGUAAUGUGAUAAGUGAAGAAUUUCCUAGGAUAAAAACUAGUUACACUUCCAAAAAAGAAGUAAAAGAAGUGAAGAUCCAUUAUUUGGAGGCAAUGAGAGAAAAUGAGUGUGAGGAACUCCCGUUGUCUGGUAAGAAAGCAAGCACCUGUAGUGAGACUGACAAUGAUGAUGAUGAUGAUGCUACAGAUGAUGUUCAAAGUCAAGGCUCUUCGGUUUCAUCAGAGGAUUAUAUCAUUAUUCUCCCUGAGUGUUUUGACACCAGCCGUCCUUUAGGAGAGUCCAUGUAUAGUUCUGCUCUUUCUCAGCCCAGUUUGGAAAAAACAGGAGAGCCUGAAACACAAGCAGAGAAUCCAAAAGGUGCAAACCAGCCACGGAUCCACAGUAUCAAUGAUGCUUUGACAGCUUCACAAACACUGGCUGAAGUACCUCCAGAGAUCACAGACACUGUGCAGCACGCACACAUGAAUCUUGCUUCUCCUCAGAAUUAUGGCUUCCAAGAACCAAACAUAUCAGCUUCAGAGGAUGUCUCUUCUGUUCCUCUUCAAAUAAGAGAAGAACCCAGAGGUGAAGACAGUUGUGGACCAGGAUCUUCUGGAUAUGGAACUAGUAAACCAAAGUGCUCAGAAUAUUCAAGACACCCCCAAGGAAGCAGCAUUGCAGGAGGCCUGGUUAAAGGAGCUUUGUCCGUUGCUGCCUCUGCCUACAAAGCACUAUUUGCUGGGCCACCCAUUACAGAACAGCAGCCUACAGUUACAGAAGAGCACACUGCCACUCUUUUGUCCAGUCUGUGUGAGAUGGGGUUCUGCGACAGGCAGUUAAACCUGCAGCUGCUGAAGAAACACAACAACAACAUGGUUCAAGUGGUAACAGAAUUGCUUCAGAUCAAUAACAGUAGCUGGUACAGUGAGAGAUGCUGAAUUUUCCUGGUGGAGGGAGGAAUCGCCUUCACUGAGAAGACUCAUUAAACACUGCAACAG